AGUAAACAAGAAACUGACAUUCCUGUUGGUUGUACUUUUAGGUCGAGGCAUUGAAGGAUUCUUAAAAUGUCCCAAUUUUUAAUAAAAUUUGUCUUGUUCGCGCUCUUUGUCGCAGUCCUAGGAAAUGGCGAGCCACGGGUUAAAAUUGGAAUCAAGAAACGAGUGGAGGAUUGCACAGCUAAGACCCGAAAAGGUGACUUUGUUCACGUGCACUACAAGGGUACCCUUGCGGACGGCAGUGAGUUCGACAGCAGCUACCCAAGAGGGCAGCCCCUAACUUUCGCCGUGGGGAGCGGCCAAGUAAUCAAAGGCUGGGAUCAAGGUUUGCUGGGAAUGUGCGAGGGCGAGAAGCGGCGUCUGGUUAUCCCGCCUGAGCUGGCGUACGGAAAGUCCGGGGCGGGCGGAAGGAUCCCGCCAGAUGCGACCCUCACCUUUGAUAUUGAACUUGUUAAAAUUGAGCGGAAAUCGGAGUUGUAGGAUGUGUGCCACUUUCAAUAAUGUUGUCUAUCUGAGGCGCGGCUUUGAAAUAUAUAUUUUUAGUUUUCUCUUAAC